CGCACAAACGCUUUCAACAAAAACUCUUGGCUAACUAAAACCGAAAAUCCCAAGUGAAAUGCGUAGUUGUUCACUGCUAAUGAUGCUGAUUGGAGCUGGGCUGCUGCUUUCGCCUGCUCAGUCGGCCAAUUUAUUAGACAGUUAUCUACCCGUUUGCAUGCAAGCGCUAGCCUAUUACAUAGAUCUACUGCAAUAUGAACCGCUGCAUAGCACCACAGCAGAGCCUCCAUUCAGUGUCAAUCAGCAGGAAACCAGUAGCACCACUCCACUGCCGUUUAUAAGCACAACAACAAGCACAACGCGUACUCCAACUGGGGGAUGGUGGCAGUGGGAUAUGCCACAAACCACUACAACAACGCCACGCCCAAUAGCAGCGCCUACAGUGCCACAUGGUCCAGCGCUCUUUGCGCCUCCUGCAAAAGCCUUCAAAACUAAACAGUUGGAGGGUCAGCAACUGUUUUUACAAAUAAAAAAUGAUGUGGAUUUUGAUAAGCUGCCACUCUCCUUGAUACGCGAUAUAGAAACUGAGCCGCUGCAUGAUGACUUUACCAAUGAUGUGGAGUCGCUAGAUAACUUUUUACGUCUCUAUGAUGACAACUAUGGUCGCGCUGUCCUUGACUUUGAUACGGCUAUGGAUCGCUGGAGCAGCAGCUCCACUGCUGGAAAGAAACGGGUGCCACCCACCAAACCUUAUGUGGAUUUUUUGCUUGUCUACGAUCUGCUCAAGCGUGAUGCCAAGGCGGCUAAUUUAAGCAAAUACGAGGGUUAUUCUGAUGAUUUGCUGCAGCAACUACAGGAGCUGUCCAAUGGCUCCUCCGUAAGACAACUGCAUACGAUUUUCCAACGCCUCUUAGACCGCGGUGAUGUGCAACGCAGCGAUGUGGUUGCGCGUAUCCAGGGCAUACUCAAGGAUCUGGGCAGUCCCAAAAGUGCCACAGCGCAGGCACUUGUGUUUAUACCCAGCAUGCAGUUUUUGUCCUAGUUAAUAGCUCAAUAUUUAAAUCUUCUUCGUAAAUCUAUCCACCAUGUAAUAAAUUUGAUGAACUUAUGUAUAUGUGUGAGUUAUCGAUAGCAGUCUUGUU